AUGCCCGGUACCCCCACCCCUCUGACGCCCAGCGUACCACUCACGAAGCUGCUGAGGCGGAGGGAUGUCCCGCGAGCGCUGCUGCUGCUGCUGCCGCUGCGAGCGCUGGCCACCACCACCGCCGCUACGCUGCUGGGUACCACCUCGACCAGCUCCACCUCCUCCACCACCACCGCCUCCUCCGCUGCCGCCUCCACCGCCUCCACCUCCGCCGCCUCCACCACCGCCGCUGCCUCCACCACCACCGCUGGCACCACCACCACCGUCUCCGCCACUGCUGCCACCACCACCACCACCUCCACCACUAGUCCCGCCGCCACCCCCACUCCCUCCGCCGCCACCGCCGCCACCGCCACCGCCCCCUCCAGCUCCACCCGCGCCCUUGCCCCCCUUGCCCUUGCUGGAGCGACAGCUGCUCCGCUGGGACGAGCCACUCCGACCCCCGCCUCCACCGCCACCCCCGCCUCCACCGCCACCCCCGUCUCCACCGCCACCUCCCCCACCAGGACCGUCGCUCCCACCGCUCCCACCGCCUCCUCCGCUACCACCUCCGCCGCCACCUCCGCCUCCACCGCCGCCACCAGUACCUCCACUCCCGCCACCACCCCCACCGCCACCCCCACUCCCCCCGCCACCCCCGCCGCCUCCUCCACCGCCCCCUCUAGCUCCACCCGCUCCCUUGCCCCCCUUGCCCUUGCCAGAGCGGCCCGCUAG